AUGCCCGCAGUACGGGACGCGAGGCGCAGCGACAUCCGCGCCAUGGCGGAGUGCGCAGCCGCAGCGUUCAUGGAUGAGGAACUUUGGGGCACAGUCAUGCAUCCGCACCGCAAGCAGUUCCCAGAGGAUUUCGUCUCGGGGUUCGAAAGGAGGAUCCUUGGCGACUGGUGUCGUCCUCGCUGUCGAUUCCUUGUCGGCCUGGACCACAAUUCUGACGAGGUGAUAGGCUUCGCGGAGUGGGAGCGCCAGGGCGUCAUUGACGACGAUGAUGGUGAUGAGCCUGCGCCAUCAUCAUGGAGCCGGUACCUCGACAUUGGUCAUGCCCUCCUGAGCACAGUCGCCGGAUACUACGUUCAAGGAGCCAGCUACCUGCGACCGAACCGAGCAGCAGAUCCGACAAAGGCUCGCAUUCUCGAAGAGAGCUACCCUCUCUUUGCGCACCACUGGAACGGCCAACGGUCCCAAAACUGGUCUUUGCUGAUGUUGGCGGUGCAUCCGCGUUCCCAAGGCCUCGGGGUGGGAAGGAAGCUCGUCCAGUGGGGUGUAGACGCGGCCGACGAGGAGAACGUCCACGCAUCGGUCGUGAGCGCCGAUGGCAAGGAAGGCUUCUACGCAAAGUUUGGAUUCACCGAGGUGGGCCGGGCGAAUGUCGGUGCUCUCCGGGACAACGGCAUCAGGGGCGGCGCAAUCAUGUUUCGAGAGCGGCGAACGUGUCUCAUCAAUGUGGAUGUCAGGCCGUUGUCGCCUUGA